UGAUAUUGCCAGUCUGCUGCUGGGGCUGCCCUAUUAAUCCCUCCCGCCCCAGAGCAACCGGUGCACCUGUGAGAGAUGCAAGGGGGAAGCCGCUUCACAGGCGCUCACACGGGGAGAAAGAGGCGGCACAGUGAGAUGGGAGGGAGAGCUGAGGAGGAGGCUCAGAGACACAGUGAGGAAGCACCUCCCUUCCAGGAACAAGCAGUAGCACCUGCCGGUGGGAGAGGAGGGCUCAAUCGUGCGCUGGGACCCCUGUGGCAGCUCUCGAAGAAGUUCCGCUCCGCCGGCCUAGCAUGGCACCGCUCUUCCUCUAAACUUGGCAGCCUGCUGCUGGCUAUGUCCCAAGCACAACAUGAACCCCAGCGGAAUGGAGGUCUCCAUAGCCCAGUUGCGUCCUGGUCUAACAUGAAUAAGGACGUCUCCACCAACAUUAAAAACUUAGGGUUCAUUGAAGUCCAGGACAUUAACUUCGAGAGUGAAAUUCCUGCCCUUGGGAAAUGGAAUUUAAAAGGUGCUCAGUCAUUCGGGCUUCCAGAAUACCGGCCCGAUCAUCGUUUUGCUGCAAGUGGCGGGAGUCUUACAGGGGAUUCUUGUAUACCCACACUGGAAAUUGCACCCCCGGAACCUGUACAAACCUUACGUCCAAAUUCUUCCUCUAGCGCUGUUGCACAUGAACGAGUUUUCCAGAGCUCCAAGACCAUCUCAGGUAGUAAUGGACCUCCGUCUUUGAGUAGCACAGAACCAGACCACAUCGUGUGGAAACCUCCCACCCUUCCCAGAUCUGGAUACGACACGGCAAAACUGUACAGCCCCACGUCUCUCAACAGAAGCGACGACGUCUCGGACUGCAGCAUUUCCAGCCUCAGCACAGACUUUUCCACCACAUUGUCUGUGAGUAACGAGGACAUUGUGGACUUUGUGGUUAUGAGCAAUUCAAGUGCAAUUGUCGCUUUGGAGAAUGACGACACCCAUUUUUCCGAAGUCACGCUGAACUCCACAAAAGACAGCAGUGCUGAUGGGAUUCAGGAAAGUUUCGCCCAGGAGGAGGAGGUGGACAGAAAGUUGAAGAUAUUUGGAUCGCUUAGUAAUCUCUUUAACAAGAAUAUAUUUGCUCGGAAAAAGAGUGUUUCGGUAGAAAAAGCAGAUGACUUGGGCUGGAAUUUGUUUAAUAGAUUUCCCCAACAAGGAAACCCUAGGACUGUAUCAAAGGAAUAUGAGGAAAGAAUUGGACGAGCUUCAAAGUCUCUCUCUCCGAAGCAGAAUGUGAGGAAAAGCCUCAACUUUGAGCCUCUCUCCACCACCGCGCUCAUUCUGGAAGACAGACCAGCGAACCUUCCAGCCAAACCAGCCGAGGAAGCCCAGAAACACCGGCUGGAAUAUGAAGAAAUGGUGGCCCAAGCCAAACGGAGAGAAUUCAAAGACGCCCAAAGGAGAAAAAAGCAACUGGAGGAAAGGUGCAAAGUGGAAGAAAGUAUCGGCAAUGCUGCUUUAACCUGGAACACUGAGAUCCUGCCCAACUGGGAAUCCAUGUGCUGCUCUCGCAGAGUGCGGGAUAUGUGGUGGCAAGGGAUUCCGCCCAGUGUGAGAGGGAGAGUCUGGAGCCUGGCGAUUGGCAACGAGCUGAAUAUCACUCACGACCUCUACGACAUUUGUUUGUCCAGAGCCAAAGAUCGCUGGAAAUCCCUGAGCAUGGGAACUCAAGAAGCGGAGAAUGAAGAUUCCGGAUUGUCUGUAGCAGACAGAGAAGCCAGUCUGGAGUCUAUCAAGCUGGAUAUCUCCCGGACUUUCCCCAAUCUGUGUAUUUUUCAAAAGGGGGGCCCGUACCACGACAUGUUGCACAGUAUUUUAGGCGCGUACACGUGUUACAGACCAGAUGUCGGUUAUGUGCAGGGCAUGUCCUUUAUUGCUGCUGUGUUGAUCUUGAACUUGGAUACUGCAGAUGCCUUUAUCGCUUUUUCAAACCUCUUGAAUAAACCCUGUCAGAUGGCAUUUUUUCGAGUGGACCACGGGCUUAUGUUGACCUAUUUUGCCGCAUUUGAAGUAUUUUUUGAAGAAAAUCUGCCAAAGUUACUUUCGCAUUUCAAGAAAAACAACCUUACGCCAGAUAUCUACCUGAUAGACUGGAUUUUCACUUUAUACAGUAAGUCACUACCACUGGAUUUGGCGUGCAGGGUGUGGGAUGUGUUCUGCCGUGAUGGAGAGGAGUUUCUUUUCAGGACUGCGCUGGGGAUCCUUAGACUUUUUGAAGACAUUUUGACCAGAAUGGACUUCAUUCAUAUUGCCCAGUUCCUGACAAAACUGCCGGAGGACUUGAACUCUGAGGACUUAUUUGCCUCCAUUGCUGCAAUUCAGAUGCAAAGCCGGAAUAAAAAGUGGUCUCAGGUACUGUCUGCACUACAGAAAGAUAAUCGUGACAUGGAAAACCGAAGCCCAUCUCUUAAACGCUAAAAGCCACAAGUCUCAGAAGGGAUCCCCCUGUCUCGGUGCUUGCAGAGUCUUUCAUUCUCCGCUUCCGAUGUUUUCAGUGGAACGUCAUUUUUAAUUUAAGACUGUGUGAAAACACUGGAAUUGGCCUUAAACUCUUUGAGCCAAUACUUUGCUAAUCAGCCUUGUUCCACCAGACUGGCUCCCCUUCCUCUGCACGGCGAGAGACGCCUUCCCAAUGACGGGAGAAUUCUGUGGAAUGACUGAGUUUAGUAAAUACAGGCUUUAAACCCGAGGCCGGGCCUCAGAGUGUGCUGUAGUCUGAACUGACGGUGUAUUUGUCUGAUUUCCAUUGCACACGACCAAAUCCAUGUUCAUGAUUUUACAGACCAUAAACCAGGGAUAUGCAACCUGUCACCCUCCAUAUGAUCCUUUACUGUAAUGCUUUUAACUGUAGUUCAACAACCUUUGUAAGGCCUAGAUACUGACCACAUUGAUUGGUAAUGAGUAGAAGCACACGCUGCAUGGCUGCUUAGAACGUAGAUCCGUCUCCACUCUUAGCCAUGUUAAAGGCAUGAAGGGGUUGCACACACCAUAUCUGUAGUCCAUCAUGGGCCAGACUGUCCUACAAACUCACAUAUUGUUGCUGAAUUCCACCGAAAUCUCUAACUCCUCCCCCCAAACCAGGGCAUUCAUGUGUUGCUACGUGGACUCUCUUUAGUUUUAAAAGAUUAAUACAAUGUUUUAUAAUUUAAUGGGCAUUUUACCAAAGAUAUAUAUGCAAAAUAACAGAAACCUAUUCUCAAAGAAAACCGGCUGCUUGAGGUUCAUUAAGUAUCAUCAUUCUCAUUGUAUUCGGCUUAUGCCUUAUAGGAAUGUCCCAGACUGUUGCAUGCUGGGAGCUGUAGUUGAUGGCACCUAAAAGGCUACAUUUUUGACAUUCCUGCUGCUCUCCGUUGAGUACAUAGGUGUGAAUACUCCUCUAGAAGCAGCACUUGGGUUCAGAGUUGCUCCAGGAAGGCGGGGUGCACAUAUAGUGUAUGUUAAAGAAUAUUCGGUGGGUGCGCUCAUCAGUUGACACCCUGCUCAGCGCUAGCACUUGGUUUAGGGUGCAAGUUGGCCUGACAACAGUUACGUAGAGAUCAUGCAUUAUAUAGGCCUGUGUUUGAAAUAAGAAUAGAAAGGGCUGAUAGGCUGGGGCCAACUAGGAGAUCUUUGGAGAUCCAUGGUCACUUAUUCACUUUCCAAAUCAUGGGCUUUGUCCAUUUCCUUAUACUCUUUAUAUCAGUGACAUCUGAAUUUCCUUAUACUCUUUAUAUCAGUGACAUCUGAUCUCUAUAACUGUUCCCUUUACUCAUUCGGGUUUCCCUAUUCUACCUUGGUCUCACUUUUCAGCCUCUCUUUUUGGUUUCUUGUUCAUGAGUCUCGAUUCUUGUUUCUUCUGCCCUUUGCCAGCUCCUUGACACUAUUGUCAUUCUUCUUCGCCGAUCUGUGUCCUACCACCACCAUAUUGGCACCUCUUUUCCCGUUUAAUAGGGUGCAACAGCAAGGAAAGCCUAACCCUAAAUCUAAAAUUAUAAGGUGGGUGACACAACACCGAGGAAAGGGAGGGAGUGGGCAACAGGGUAGAAUGUAAUGGGAAAUGAGAUGGGAGAAAGAUAUGAGGAUGGGAGGAGAUUAUGAAAAUGAUGAUAGAGACAGUGCAGAUAGAAGGAGAUGAUGAAGGAAAAUGAUCGAGACAGUGAAGAUAGGAGGAGAUGAUGAAGGAAAAUGAUGGGAGGGGAUGAAGCAAAAUGAUGGUAGAGACAGUGAAGAUAGGAGGAGAUGAAGGAUAAUGAUGAUAGAGACAGUGCAGAUAGGAGAUGAUGAAGGAAAAUGAUGAGACAUUGAAGGUCGGAGGAGAUGAUGAAGGAAAAUUAUGGUACAGACAGUGAAGAGAGGAGGAGAUGAUGAAGGAAAAUAAUGAUAGAGACAGCGAAGAUAGGAGGAGAUGAUGAAGGAAAAUGGUGAUCGAGACAGUGAAGGUAGAGAAGGUGGGAUGGUAGAAAAUGAGAUGAGGUGGAAGGACUUCAUUAAGCUAAAGAGGUUAAUAGAGAUGGAAUGGGACAUGGAAAAGUUGGAUGAUAAAUUUAAGGUGGGACCAAAGGUAUGUGGGAAGGAGGGGGAUUCAAGACUGGAAUAUGAAAGUGGGAGGUGACCAAUAAAAGAAUUGACUGCAUGCUGAUAUAAUGGUGGGGUCUGCGCUCUUCCACCUAAUGCUUUUCACUAUUUUGGCUCCGAUCCUUCUAUUCUCACCUUGGACCAGUAGACAUCAUGUGACUAUUUAGCAGUAGUGAUAGUGCCCCUCUGUUUUAUGAUCAGAAUGUUGAUGAAGGUAGAUUAACUGGGAAGCCUCUGUAGAGGAAGAAGCUCCCAGAAUCCCUCACUGGGUUUUAUAACAAGCACUUUAAAUGGUUUAUUCUGAUAUCCUAGGCUGAAUGUACAGUGCCACGCGAUGUUUGGGCGACACAAUGUACCAUACGAGUCUUGGGGAAACUCCAAAGUUGAAAAAAAAAUUACAAAAAGGUCAGUUUUAUUUUUCAUGGCUGUGAUUUAAUAUCAAACUCAGGCAAUAUGUCUCCAUCUCCCCCUCGAAUUUUGCACUAGCGUCGGCCAUGUUUAUUAUGCUGUGCCGGAUUUAUCAAGGGGUGUGUAAUUUUUACGCCAUCGACCCCCAGAUUUGCCUCCGUUAUUUUCCAUUUCUUCUGACGGAAGUCACUGUAAGAAAAAACGUGCAAAAACUUUACACGGCAAAUCCUGGAGAUGUGUGGCAUAUGAUCCCGCUGUUUUUUACACCACAUAAUAAAUAUGUCCCUAAGAUUUCAUUUUUACUCUGUACAAUGGUUUCUGGCAUGGGGUGUGGAUUUCCGAUUGGAUAAGAGAGGUGGGGGGGGAGCCUACAAUAUUCCGUCAUGUAAUUUACACGUAUGGCCGUAUGUAUAGAGAUGUGUAAAAUGUUUUUACCAAAUAGUAGUGUAGAAAGUGGUGUAAAUAAAAGUGAUAUUUAUAAAGUC